AUGUCUCUUACGGCCGAACAAGCCAACAAGAAUCCGGACUUGCUCAGUCGAAAUCGCGACAAGCCUUCGAUAUGUCGCACAUAUCUUGACGGCACCAUGGGGGCCAUCCUAUUUGAAGGCAAGGCGUUCAUCACCACGCCAAACGGUGACAAUGUCUACGAGCCGGUACUUGGGCUCACGACCACAGUCCGACUCAGGCAGGAUGGAAGAUUCGGUGCCGAGGACCCAUUUCAGCUCCCUCAGCAGUACGUCCGAGAACACAGUCACCUUGCAUGCAUCCGUAGACCACCUACGCGGCGGGAAGAUACGAACGAUGUUAUGUUCAUGAACCCCGUCUAUGAAGACCACUUCCGCUCAUCCCACCAAUCCCGUAUUGGACUGCUGGAUCAACGACUCGUCUCCCGCAUCCGCGAGCCCUCUGUCCUUCUUGUGAAACGAUAUUACGCCUUUAUUGAAUCGCGGCCCGACCUUUCGCAGAACCGCCGAUUCCAUGGACACGCCACGCAACUGAAAAUUUGGAUUGGACGCUUGGAGAGCACCAAGGCGUCCUGGCCUGACAUUUUGUUCUCAUUUACUCAAGCCCAGAGACACUUCCUCGAAUUGGAAGCGUACCUGGAGUACAUGCAGGUCCGACAACCACUCAUGAACUCGGACGAAUAUGGGCGGAUACUGUCGCCCACGGCCAACUUUGUGGGCGCCGUGACCAACAAAGUCGUCAUAGUCGAAGAAUUUGCCAAGGCUGGCAUCCCUGUCUGGCUUAUUCGCCCUAUCCGCGAGUUCCACGAAGACACGCGCAUCGACACCGUCAUUACCCCUACUCCUGCCGAAGCCAUGAACAUCGAACUGCGACCUUGGCGCGGUCACAAAACCAACGUAUGGAACCAAGAUGCGGCCGACCCGCAACGUCACAACAAUCUCAUGCUUUUCGGCCGUGAGUUCCUCGCUUACACCGACUUUGGUCGAACAUCCGUUGUACGCGACACCAUCGAAAGGCCGCCUCCAGUGCCCAGUUUUGGCCACGACUAUUCCGCAGGCCCUGCUCGCGCGCCAAGAGCGCACAACGAGCCACAACAUGAUCCCAAGCCCCGGAUCCAGCUCAGCCCUACGGACGUGUUACACUUUCGGCCCAAUCUCCAUCGAUUCAUGCCGAUCAUGAUGGAGUCAUGGGUACACGGCCUUUCCACCGUCGCGGUGACCAAGAAAUACAUCUCCCCGCAAUACAAAGAAGGAGCAAACGGGUUCAUAUUCCCACCCCCCACGACGUUUGUGCCACUGAACUCGGACGCCGACCUCAAACCACGGCAACUCAAAAUCCUCCACGCGUACAUCACCCACCUCGACGUACUGUUACUUCGCAUGUCGCCUCGACUGUCGCCAACCCUCAUCUCGCGCAAACGCUGGGAUCUAUUACUCGGGCCUGAGAGAUCGCAACCGCAUGCUACUCCUGUUGCGGGCCCUUCCUCGCGAGAUACCCACUCGAGCCAGCCUGCUCCGAAGAAAAUGAAACUCGACAACAACUAUCUUCGUCGCCAAUGUAUGCAAGGUCUCCUCGCCAAAUGGACUGCAGAAUACGACAAAGACCACCAGAACCGCAACGAAGAUCUCAACUGGCGCAGCGAGGUCAUCCCAUCUGACAGAUGGCCCCACGAUCGUAUCACUGAACGCAUCAUGUACGAAGUAAUCGAGACCAACUUUCGCUGGGAGCUUCGUAUGCUUGACGGCCAGAUGCUCGCUGGGGAGGUCGACCACAUAGCACAUGACGAUCUUCUCAAUCAAUGCUUCCCAUCACAGAGUUUCGAAGGCGAAGGAGGAGGCGACCACAUGAACGUCACGUACCUCACCGCCUGGAGUGGCCUUUCCAAUCCAAACGACCUCGAGAGACGCAAAUAUGUUCUCGCAAUCUCACGCGUAAUGGUCGACUGGCGGGAUUGCCCGGGCGGGAUCGUGGACGCUCUGCGACAGGAAGAGUCUGACGUUGACUAUGUGGAGCUUGAGAAGACGUGCGCAUCCUACUAUUGCAGGAGCUUCUUCCACCACUUUGCCCGUGCGCCGUCUGUUCCCCAUCGCACCAAGAUUGACCCAUCCAUUUACAUCAUGCCGUGA